CAUCCAUCCAUCCAUCCAUCCGCCCAUCCGCCCGCUUCAUCUUUCCCCUCGCGAUACUUUUUCUGCUGUCCGCAACAUUACACAUUCUAGACACACACACACACACACAUUACCCACAUCAUUCGCAAUGGCUUCUAACCAAUACGACGCUCAGGCUUCCACCAACUACAAGGAGGCCUUCUCCCUCUUCGACAAGCGUGGCAACGGCCGCGUUCCCGUCGACAGCUUGGGCGACCUGCUCCGCGCCUGCGGCCAGAACCCCACCCUCACCGAGAUCCGCGACCUCGAGAAGAACAUCGGCAGCGACUUCGACUUCGAGACGUUCCAGCGCAUCCUCAACCGCCCCGGCGGCUUCCGCGACCCCGGCGAGCCCGAGGAGUACUGCCGCGGUUUCCAGGUCUUUGACAAAGACAUGACGGGCUUCAUCGGCGUAGGCCAGCUCAAGUACAUCCUAACCAACCUCGGCGAGAAGAUGACCGACGACGAGGUCGACGAGCUGCUCAAGGCCGUUGACACGAGCUCCGGCCAGGUCAACUACACCGAGCUUGUGCGCACCAUCCUCGCCAACUAGAUUGCUCUCGCUCGAUAUCCCGAGGAGAAAUGAGAAACGAUUCACGCAAGUUGGAGCGAGCGUUGUAGAACCACACAAGCCGACGACGACGCCGACGACGCCGACGACGAGAAGGUGACGGUGAUGGAGAAGAGGAUAUUUUGCAUGGCUGGCACAAUGGGAAUGGCGUUUGAUUUGCGUUUGCGAUUGCGUUGUUCGCUAUUGUAGGGAGAUUCGGGCAUCCUGGAGUCGAGCUCUACAGCAGAGACUUUACUCUGGAUCAUAUACACAACAAACACACACACACACACACACAC